AUCGAGUAGAUUUUUUAAAUAUUCUCGUAUAAAAUUUUAGUAUAGCAAAGGAGGAAUAUCGUGGAGCUCCUGUUGUCAAUUUUGAAUCAUUCCAAACAAUGUAUCGAAGCAUUUACUCCCAUGUGGGAAAUCGAACUAGUAUAAUCGAGGUUAGACCAUCGACUUCAAGGGAUAUCGAUAUUAGUGACCAUGGACUACGACACCAAACGAUUCGGAGUACACAUGCUUUCAUUUUGUCCCGAUGUAGUAACAAAGUCAAUUAUUAAUCAGUUAAUUUACAAUUCAUUGAAUAAAGAUGCAGACGCUUCAUUGAAACGAUUUUCAAGAUAAGUAACGUUUUUUGAAUAAUUUGUACUCGUAACAACAGAAAGUAACCUAUAAAACAGUGGGGCCGAGAUCUUCGUCGGCAAAAUAAGACAGUCAGAGUCGAAACAUCGUUAUUUAUGUUCGACUGGUGACAGAGCUACUAAAACGGUGGAGCCAAGUGAAGGAGAAGCUGACGAUGUAUACGGUGCAAUUCUCUGGUUUCUUACUGAAGCGGUUUAAUACAAAUUACGUUCAAAACGGUACUAGGUUAGCAUCUCCUUUUCGACAUUACGGGAACUAUGGAAAAUUCCAUGAACAUCGUAAGAAGAUAAGUAUCUGGCUGAAAGAACACAGUGGCCGAGUCGCCGAAGCUUGCGUAAAACAGUUUGAAUUUAUUGCUGCGCAACGUAUACGAAGAAGCUUGCAAAUAUUUCAUUUGUACACACGAAUAUGGGACAAAGUGGCGCUCAGAAAUUUCAUGACAUCCUGGAGGAAUCGCGCUUUAAGAAACAGCAGACACUACCUAAUGAGCACUAUUGGUGUAACGGUGUAUAACUGGGACCGCGAAAGAAUAAGUGAACAGGAAUUGAAUAGUUAUAAGCAGGAAAUCGAGGGAAUUUACAAGUUGAAAGACACUACUGUCGUAUGUUCGCACUGUGGACUCAGGAUCGUAAUAGACGUUCAACAACCAGGUGUAAAAUAUUGUAUGUGUCGCGAUAACAAGUGUAAUGCGUCUUCCAAUCAAGAUUUGGACGGAUGGAGACCGUACAUCGAGCGAGAGGAUAUGCUUGUAUGGAGAAGAGAGGAACCAAAUUCUGGGGGACUGUUCGCGUACAAGGUAUACGGCUCGUUCGCAGACGUGACUGCCGAAGACUUUCUACAAGCGCAAAUAGAUGUCGACUACAGAAAGAAGUGGGAUCCCACAGCCCGCGAAUUGCGAAUCAUAGACACAGAUCCAAUAUGUAAAACAACAGCCAACGAUCAUACCGACGUUGUGUAUUGGGAAACAAUAUGGCCUAGAUUAUUCGCUAACAGAGAUUACGUGUAUCAACGGAAAUGGGUCGUGGAUACAGAGAGACGAUUAAUAAUCAUCAUUAGUAAGGGAACGGAACAUCCAAGUGCGCCAACGAAACCGGGAGUAUACAGAGUCGCAACCUAUUGGUCGUACAUGGUGAUAAGGCCUUAUACAGAAUUCCACCAACCCGGCAUUGAAUUUGGGUUGACCUACUUUGACAAUCCUGGUGUAAAUAUUCCAUCCGCGAUCACCGCGUGGGUUGCGAUGACAGGGUUGCCAGACUUUUUAAUUCGAAUGAGGGAAGCGUCCAAGAAUUAUCAGAGUUACAAGCAAGCUUUGGAUGUAUUCGACGUUAAUUACAUUUCUCUGAACGAAAUAGAUACAUUCUCCGAAGAUAACAACGAAGAAAAUUGCAGUCCGAAUUUGGAAAGAAACGAAACACAGCACGGAAAAGUUGCAAGGAAACAUAAUGUCGUGGAACAAACCGAAACAUAUACAUUUACGGAGGACGAACAAGAAGAAGAAAGCUGUAUAAACGAAGAAAACAAUGAUAGUACAAGUUCUAUCAAGGAAGACAGAGGUUUCUUAGAUUAUUUUUAUCUCACGAAACUGUUCGCGUAACGGAUACGGUUCGUGCCGUUUACAGUAAGGAAAAUUGAUGUUUGCCGAUAGAAUGAUCUUAAAACAACCCCGUAUGUGCAAAAUAGUCGGAAUCAAACGACACCCACGAUCGUGAUGGAAAAAUACUGGGCACAAUAUACGAAUAUCCAUACGUUUAAUCGUACCAUGUCCAUAUUAAUGCACAACAAUUGAAUGUAGUAAAGACACCGGAGAUCGUAAAGAAAAAAAAAUACCAGAUCGCAAUUUACAUUUCAACAAAACCCACUUUCAUAUAACAAA